AGUUGAUCGCCCCAAAGUCCUGCCGACGAUUUUGGAAGCCAUCGGAAACACUCCGAUGGUAAAACUGAACAAAAUCCCGCAAUCCUUUGGACUGAAAUGUAACCUUUAUGCAAAAUGUGAGUUCCUGAACCCAGGUGGAUCGGUCAAGGACCGUAUCGGACUGCGGAUGAUCGAGGAAGCCGAAAGGGAGGGAUUGCUCAAGCCUGGAUGUACGAUCAUAGAACCAACCUCGGGAAAUACGGGAAUUGGACUGGCCAUGGGUGCCGCAGUUCGGGGCUACAAGUGCUUGAUCGUGAUGCCGGAGAAGAUGUCCAACGAGAAGGUCGACACGUUGAAGGCCUUGGGGGCUCAUGUGAUACGUACUCCAACGGAAGCCGCCUUCGACAGUCCGGAAGGGCUGAUCGCAGUAGCCCAGAAACUGGCCAAGGAAAUCCCGAACGCGAUCGUCCUGAACCAGUACACCAAUGCCGGGAAUCCGUUGGCCCAUUACGAUGGAACUGGAGCUGAGAUUCUGGAUCAGCUUGGAGGAAACGUAGAUAUGGUUGUCAUUGGAGCUGGCACUGGUGGAACGGCUGCCGGUAUCGCUCGGAAGAUCAAGGAGAAGAAACCGGAAUGCGUGAUCGUAGGUGCCGAUCCGGAAGGUUCCAUUUUGGCCCUCCCAGACGAGCUCAACAAAUCCGACGUAUCGUUCUACGAGGUUGAAGGAGUAGGGUACGACUUCAUCCCAACGGUGCUCGAUCGAUCGGUCGUUGAUCGAUGGAUGAAGUUCAACGAUAAGGUGGCUCUACCCAUGGCUCGAAGGUUGAUCGCGGAAGAGGGUUUUCUGUGCGGUGGAAGCAGCGGAGGAAAUGUUGCCGUUGCCCUCGAGGCUGCCAAGGACCUGAAGGAAGGUCAGAACUGCGUCGUCAUCCUACCGGAUAACAUCCGGAACUAUCUGACCAAGUUUGUUUCCGACAACUGGAUGGAGGCCCGGAAGUUCAAAGAAUCCCAAAACGUUCAUAAUCACAAAUGGUGGAACACCAGCGUAUCAACCUUGACCCUGAACACACCGAUCACAGUUCAGUCGAACGUUUGCAUACAGGAAGCGGUGAAAAUUAUGAAAGAAUCCCAAAUCAACCAACUUCCGGUCGUGGAAGCCGAUGGAACCAUCAAGGGAAUGGUCUACCUUCCGAAUGUGAUGGGAAAACUGCUAAACAAACUGGCCAAACUGAGCGAUCCGGUGAGUCGAGCCAUCUUUAAGCAGUUCGUCAAGGUCGAUCGUUCCGAUGCGAUUGGACACGUGUCGAGGAUUCUCGAGAAGGACACCUUCGUGCUAGUGGUGCAGAAGCAGAAGAAAUUUGUCGAUGGGGAGAACUUCCAGCUGCAGGAAUCGGUUGUCGGAAUUUUAACACAGCGAGACAUUCUGGACUUUAUCUCCACCGCCGAAAGUGCGCAGAAUGGAGCCUAGAUUGCAUGACCACAAAACUAUUGGAAAAUUAUUAUGUAAAACAAAAUGUAAAACAGAAAAAAAUUGCACUUUUUAAACAAA